AUGUCGGCAGCGUCCUCUCCCACACCAGAUGUUGAACCAGAGCCUCCCAGGCAAACUGAUGUCUCGCCCAGAAAAAAGCCACGGAAACAGUUGUUAACUAGUGAAGUGCGGCAAUAUGACUUUAUCGCAGAUGAAAAAGUACCGACGCCACCGCCCCCCGCACCUGUUAUACCUAAACGUCCAUCCCUGAGCUCAACGUACGUCUGCGGUUGGCGCAGUACCGCGCUUCACUUUACUCGACCGUCGGACGUCAAGCGGCGCGAGACUCGAGCGCGAGAUAUUGUAGCCAUUGCCACUCAGAAACACGUUCUUGUCUCCGCAGAAGGUUGGAAGGUGCAUCACUUGACCGCCCAAAUGGAUGACUUGGUGUCUUUAGAAGCAGACGUGAGCGAACAGCUGGAAGGGGUGCAUCGGUUGCUUGAGACAAGUAGAGCACACAACGCGCUUAAACCGGUCUCACAUUCUCUUCUCGAACUUAUUAAGGGUAACAUACAAAGGAGUAAAAUAGUCUGUGAGGGGAUCCAAGAGGCUCGCGAAGACAUACUACGCGUGUUCAAACACAGAAACUUCGUCUCGGAUAUACUCACGCGACAAGCUGAUAAGCGCUGCUUCAGAAAACACAGAUCGCAAUCAUAG